UAAAGACCUCGUCUUAUCUUCCAUGGAAAAAGAGCUUGGGCCAAGGAGAGCCUCGACAGCUUAAUGCUCGCCUUGUUAUCUCACGAUCAGCAAAAGAUAAGACCCGUCAGGGUGUCAAGUCAAUCCCUUCAGGAGCAUCGAGGCUUUAAGCAAGGACCGUUCUUCCGGAGAUUCCGCCAUGGAUGAGCUCGACCAGUGCUUUCUUUUCCACAAGCUGAUAUUAUCGACCUGGAGGAUCCCUGGAGCUCAGCUGGUAUCUAGAAUUCUAUAUAUCUCGCUGUCUUGAAGACUUCCCCGCUGCGGGGUGCGGGGUCGAGGCCAGGGAGGCACGAAGAGGAGGCCUUUAAUAUAAUAUAUCCAUCGUCUCAUUGCUAAGGCCGUGGUACAGUCCAGUGUUAUGACAGCAACCAUGCAGAUCGAGCCUCGCAGGUUGAAGAGGACUGCAAACGCAUGUGUUCCGUGCCGGCAGAGUAAGAUAAAGUGCUCGGGCGAUCAACCGUGUGCAAACUGCCGACGUCGUGCUGUAAAAUGUUGUUUUAUGGAGGGAGGAAGCAGAGUCACAAUAGGGAGAAGACAUGCACGCAUGCUGCAGCCACAAACAAGAGAGCGCCGGCUGGGAUCCCUUGCGACGAAACGUUCUGCUGACGAUGCUUUUGGAUCUGAAGGUGAAGGCGAAGAGACACCACAACGGGAACAUUCAUCGUCAUGCCAGUCGGUAGACCACGCGCAGAGCAUCUGGACGAAUCCGUUUACUUUACCUUCAACGACUAUCCAGAAUAUGCAGAGGAACAGACGCAACUGGAUCUGGCUGGCCCCGUCGUCUAUGUGGUCGUUCACUGCUCGACUCACCGUCAUGCUGUCAGAGAAGUUGCACCUCGAGUCUCCCUACGAUGCCCCCAAUUUCUCAGACAGAGACAUCUAUCCUCUAAAAUGGAAAUCUGCUGCUUCCGAUGAUCCCCCGGAUAUCAGCGGAUUGCCUUCCAUCGACCAUGCUCUCUAUCUGUUCAAUACUGUCAAGUUUCACCUUGGUCAGAACUAUCGGUUCUUUGACGAAGAAGCAUUCGUCACUGAUAUGCAAGAGUUUUAUUAUGGCAACGCUUUAGAGAAGGCGACCAGAUGUCGUCUUUGGUUUGUGCAAUUCCUCUUGAUCCUAUGUUUUGGAAAUGCAUUUCUCUCACGCUCCAGGAAUACGAGGGAUCCUCCCGGUGCGAAAUUCUUUGUGCGCGCCAUGUCUCUCAUGCCGGAUCUUGCAUCUAUGUGGAAGGAUAGUUUGCUGGCUAUCGAGAUCUUAGCUCUGGUCGGCCUCUACCUGUAUUCUACUGACUACAGGGAGUCGGCUCAUGUUUAUGUUGGCCAAGCAAUACGUAUUGCACAGAUGGAAGGACUCCACACUCAGCUCCCGGAGGAUGAGCUUGGUGCUGGAACUUUGACCCGUUGCCGUAACCUCUGGUGGACUCUGUAUAUCAUGGAUCGGCAUAUCUCAUCCUCUUUAGGGCUCCCAAUGACCACCCCAGACAGCGACAUCACCACUGUGAUUAAUCCCCCAAGCACAUGCUUGCAGCGGGAUGCUAUUCUCAGUCUCAAUGUGAGACUGUCCCACUUGCUCUCCUUUAUUCUGACAACUGUCUACAGGACCCAGAAAACGCAUCUGGCUACCUUCCUUGAUAAGACGAGAUCAAUAUUACAUACUAUGGCUGGGCAUGCGCGAGAGAUCGAAACCAUCAUCUAUCUCAAAUUCCAGAAUUCCGUGGACACGGUCCCCAAAGGGACGCGCCAUGUAACUUUGCUCUAUCACCAGUGUGUGAUUGUUGCUACACGGCCUCUGCUUCUGUCCGUUCUCGAAGAACGAUUAGAGAAAUUAAACAACGGCGCAGGAGAAGAUUGGCAAAGCUGUUUGGCUCCUAUCAAGUCUUUGAUCUCGACGGGCAUCAAAUCAGCCGCAAAAACCCUUCAGAUACUGUCUGACGAAGAUAGCCUUCUCGAAGCCUUCCUACCAUUUGACUUGGAAUUUGCAUACGGAGCCGCCGUACAUCUGACCAUGGCAAAUACACUCUUCCCACGCAUGGCAGAAGGCCAAACAUACAGUCAAGAUGCGCACUCAAUUCUGGACGAGAUGAUCUCCGCGGGAAACCGCUUGGCAGAGGCACGAAAGGCGGAACUCACCCAUCUUGAAGCCUUGUUCAGGGAACUUACGACACAGACGGAACAGAGAGAUCGUCAAAUUGUAACAUCCUCCAACAUGGAGCAGGGUAAGAGCCCGACAGAGGGCGGAAUUAGUGAGGUACAGCAGGAACAAACAGCAUCAACAACUGUUGCGUCGGAGAUUGGGACGACAGAUCGGUCUCUGGACAGUGGUGAUAGUGCGUCCUCGCCCUCUGUUCUUCCACGGACGGCAAAUGAUCUUGAAUUUCUCGAUGAUAUCGGGAUCUCAUCUUGUGAGUUUCUGUCCAUUGUGGACCAGAUUGGUUGUGAGCAGGAAGGUGGCAGUUUACUGGACCCUGGGCAAUCCUGGAAGAAGGGUAUAUAAGUAUAAUCGGGAGGUUUCGUAUAGAUAGAAUGGUACUGGCACUUCUAUACAGACAUUGAUAACCUGAAACACCACAGGAAUGGCUUUCAAGGCAGCUCGGUAGUUUAAAGCGGGAAUAUACCCAGCGCUAUUGGGUUAAUGCAGGUCCACUGCGGGGUUCAGCCGGUUCCAAUAAGCAGACUGGCAAUCCAUUCCAUGUUCUUAAGUCCUUUCUGUAAGGUCUCCUGGGGAUAAAGGCAGGAAAUAAAUACUACUAUUA